ACAUGAGCUAUGACAUCGUUCGCCCCACAGCCGCUACUACGAUUGGUGAGGGAAAAGAUAGUGGGUGCGGUAGGCAGAAUAUGAAUUAGUCCCAGCUGUAGCAGACGUGUAGACCGCAUGCGGGUGUUCUCGGUCCUAGUCAAGAGUUUACAGAGGACAUAAAUUCGCUUGUAGGCUACCGCUGAAUUGUGUUAUUUACUCUCGUAUCCUCCCUGGGGCACCACCACGGUUGUUUUGAGCUCUCCGGCUACCCCCUCCCUUUUAUCGCUGACAUUCCACGCCUUGCAUCACUUUUCCCCCAUCGCGGCGUGCAGGCGCGGUGAAGCUUUUUGGGCGAGCGGGAAGACAGAGGUGAAAGUCUUGAAGACACCCGACGAGAGUUUGGAAAUGUCAUAUGUGAUGGACCAGCAGAGGGCGCUGCAGUCUGGUUGCCUGGUGACGGGGGUGCGCACCCCUCCCGUCCGCCGCAACAGCAAACUGGCCAGCCUGGGCCGCAUCUUCAAGCCCUGGAAGUGGAGGAAAAAGAAAACGGAGAAACUGAAGCAGAACUCCACAGGUCUGGAGAAGAAGUCAGCAGCACGGCAGCAUCGUGACGAGCUCACCAGGAAGGGUCUUGGAGAUCAAGGAUCAGAGUGUGCGUGUGGGGGCAAUGGGGACGAGCCAGGCACCCCUACCCAGGAGUUCUCCGACGGCGAGGAGCGGGACGAGGACCCCAUGGCACCACUGGCCAGUACCGGAGACGACCUGGGCUCAGACGAGGACAACACCUCCACAGUGCGGGACACCACAGAGGACGUUGACACUGCAGGGGACCACAGUCAGAUGGAGGAAGAGGUUGUGGACGAGAUUCCUUUUGUUGAGGCACCCAGUAAGAACGCCAUGGGAACCACUGAAGCCAGCACGGAGAGGAAGGAGGAGACCAGGGCAGAGCCACCGCUGGUCAAGAGAGACCCCUGCAACCCUCCUCCCCCCAGCCUCCCCGUUAAGCUGCUAACUCGACUGGGAAGUUUGGACGGCUCCCAGGCCAACCACAUUAGGCAGGCGCCUGCUACUCUGCCUCGGAACUUCACCCUCCCCAAAGACUCGUUCCGGGGGAAGAUCCUCACCCCGACCGGCUCGCCUCACCUGGGUGCUAUGCACCCUCAGCUGCCCCCUAGCUGCAUCAUAGAGGAACUGCACCGUGCCCUUGCCACCAAGCACCGCCAGGACAGUUUCCCUGGUAAAACUGCCAUUUUUCACGGGAAAGAGGUUCGCUCUUCGCCAAAGCGCCGCUCGGACGGUCGGCUGUCCCGCACCUCCAGCACGGAGAAGGAACCCUGUGGAGAGGGCGAGAACAAGAAGGAGGCGGAGGAGAACAAGGAGAACAUGCGCCUGGAUGAGUUCUACAAUGACCCAGACAGCUGGAACGACUCAGUCAUCUCUGGGACCCUGCCACGUCGGAUAAGGAAGGAGCUUCUGGCCGUGAAGCUGCGCAACCGGCCCAGCAAGCAGGAGCUGGAGGACCGGAACAUCUUCCCUGUGCGCAGCGACCAGGAACGGCAGGAGAUCCGGCAGCAGAUCGAGAUGAAGCUGGCCAAGAGACUGAGCCAGAGACCGGCUGUCGAGGAGUUGGAGAGCCGGAAUAUCCUUAAACAGAGGAAUGACCAAACGGAGCAGGAGGAGAGGCGGGAAAUCAAACAGAGGCUCAACCGAAAGUUGAACCAGAGGCCCACAGUCGACGAGCUGCGAGAAAGAAAGAUCCUCAUCCGCUUCAGCGACUACGUGGAGGUGGCCAAAGCUCAGGACUAUGACAGGCGGGCAGACAAGCCCUGGACCAGACUGUCUGCAUCUGACAAGGCAGCAAUACGCAAAGAGCUGAACGAGUUCAAGAGUAACGAGAUGGAGGUGCACGCGUCCAGCAGACACCUCACAAGGUUUCAUCGGCCAUAGCGAGGUUUUCUUCUGUGAAGAAAUGUGGAAGCUGGUUAACCCUGAUUACUUCGGGAGAAGACCUCGCAAGGCUUCUUCCAGAGCAAUGGCCUUGUGGGCCACCAGGAAUUCUGGGAAGUUGUAUCUUCCUUUUUUGUUUUCAUUAUUUUUUUUUUAUUACUUCCUGGAAGAGGGCACAGUCGGUGAUUCUUAGAGGCUAUGUCUCUGGAGCUGGUGCCAAGAGCGAGGAGAGGGCCUCCGUCCGAGGUACCUGCGGCCCUCUCUCCCGGUCCGCAGAGGGGCUGGGCUACCCACUGCUUGAAACGAGACUAUUUUUAACAGGACUCUCAACUGCUCUCCCCUUCUCCUUUACUUCUUUUCUGUUGUUUUCUUUUUGUGGAAGCUUGCCUUUCAAUGCCAAGAUGGGAGUGGGGUUAGUUUGGGGGUUGGGGG